AUAUAUCAUCAAUUUGGAGCGUCAUUUUGUUAAAUCAACAUGUACAUUUUAUCUGCACUUUUUGCCACUGUGGUUAUUUUGCCACUAGUUUUGAAACUGUUUUUUCCCUACUUUUGGAAAGAUUGCCUCUAUCUUGUGGAUUUGAUAAGCAUCCUGGUUACAUUUGCGAAGCGUCGAAGAAGAAAGCCCUUGUUCUUUGUUUUGGAUAGAUUUUUGGAGCAGACAACGACACAUCCCGAUAGACCGUUCAUUGUGUUUGAAAACAAAGUGUUUACUUAUCGGGAUACGGACCAACAGAGCAACAAAGUCGCCAGGGCUUUACGCACGCACGCGAAUUUAAAAGAAGGGGACGCGGUGGCGCUGUACAUGGGGAACGAAGCUGCGUUCAUUUUUACCUGGCUUGCGUUGGCAAAAUUGGGCUGCCCCGCAGCUCUCCUGAAUCACAACGUAAGAUCCAAAUCACUUCUGCACUGCUUUAGUUGUUCUGGCGCAAAGGUUUUAAUUGCAGCUGCAGAGCUGAAGGAUGCAGUUGGGGACGUUCUACCCUCUCUCAGAGAGCGGGGAGUGACUGUGUUCAUCAUGACAAGAAUGUGCAACACUCCUGGCAUGGACAGCCUGGAUGAUAAGACAGAGGAGGCCUCUGAUGAGCCCAUAUCACCAGCACUGAGGUCAGGCAGAACCUUCCAGAGCCCUGCAUUGUAUAUCUACACUUCUGGGACAACAGGCAUGCCCAAAGCUGCCGUGGUCAAUCAGGACCGCCUCCUGGCUGCCAUGGCGGUUCUAGCGUCCAAUGGAGUCUCUCCAGGAGAUGUCAUUUACCUCAACCUGCCCCUGUACCACACAGCUGGCUUCCUCAUAGGCUUCAUUGGGUCCAUUGAAACAGGCUCAACUAUCAUUCUGCGACGUAAAUUCUCAGCCUCUCAGUUCUGGGAUGACUGCAGGAAGCACAGCGUGACUGUAAUCCAGUACAUAGGAGAAGUGAUGCGCUAUCUCUGCAACACCCCAAAGAGAGAGAAUGAUAAGGACCACAAAGUGAGGCUUGCCAUUGGCAAUGGUCUCAGAGCAGAUAUAUGGAAAGAGUUUUUGACUCGAUUCGGCAAUAUUGAAAUCAGAGAAUUCUACGCCUCCACAGAAGGAAAUAUUGGCUUUGUGAACUAUACGGGGAAGAUUGGAGCAGUCGGAAGGGUCAACUUUUUACACAGGAAAGUCUUCCACUAUGCGCUGAUUAAAUAUGACACAGAGAGAGAUGAGCCAGUCAGAGACUCUAGGGGGCUCUGUAUUGAGGUACCUAAAGGAGAAACAGGACUUUUGGUAGCCAGGAUAACAAAAGUUGCUCCUUUCAUCGGAUAUGCAAGAAAUGCACAGCAAACGGAGAAGAAGAUACUUAGGGAUGUCUUUCAGAAAGGAGACCUGUACUUCAACAGUGGAGACCUGUUGAGGAUCGAUCAGGAAAAUUUCAUCUACUUCCAGGACCGUGUUGGAGACACUUUCAGGUGGAAAGGGGAGAAUGUCGCCACAACUGAAGUGUCAGACAUCCUCACAAUGAUGGACUUUAUUGAGGAAGCAAAUGUUUAUGGUGUUCAUGUGCCAGGUCAUGAAGGGAGGAUAGGAAUGGCUGCUGUAACACUGAAAGAAGGCAAAGAGUUUGACUGCGCCAGCACAUACAGCCAUGUUGCCAGCUACCUGCCAUCUUAUGCCUGGCCACGUUUCAUAAGGAUUCAGAAUUCAUUAGAGGUAACAGCAACAUUCAAACAGAUGAAAAGAAAAUUAGUAGAAGAGGGCUUUAACCCGGCUGUGAUCCAGGAUGCUGUUUAUAUUCUCAGUGAAAAAGAAAGGAGAUAUGUGCCAAUGUUGCAAGAAACAUACAAUUCAAUUGUGUCACAAAAAAUGAAGCUAUGAAACAAUGAUCAUUUUCAAA